AUGUUAGCUCAAAAUCGUGGUAAAUCAUAUCAUGUUUCGAAGAUUAUUAAAGCUUCUAAUAAAGCCAAUUCUUUUAUUCAGCAACGUGAAGCUCAAUUGAAACGACACCAACAGUCGAGACCUAAUGAGGAUCUCCAGUUCGUUUCAAGCUGUUCAUUAUCCAGAUCAAAAUCAAAACGAAACGCAUCGGAAACUGAAAGAAAAAAAUCAAAGCAGUCUACAGCACUCAUACAAUAUAUUACAUCACCGGAGUUAAUGUCCUCACUUGAGAAAGAAUCAGCAUUUAUUAUUCGUCACGAAGGAAUUGCUGAAGGAGAAAACUGGACAGAAACAGGAGAAAAAAUUGCUCGAGCACAUAUAGUAUCUCUUAGUGCGUUUUAUGAUGAAGCAAAAGCUCUAGCGGAACUAAGGAAGAAUUGA